AUGAUUUCAGAGAACUCCGAACAUAAACGUUAUGCGGGUUUGGACGACAGCGGCUCUGUGACAAUACAGGUUCGAAAUAUGCGCAAAGACUUGUUCGACACUGGCAUCCUCGAAUCUAUGUUCGGGCCGUUCGGUUUGAUCAAGAUCGAACAGCCACUUUCGGCUAUCAGAGCGGUUCCGGUUUAUGACGUAGCUCUUGUGACAUUGUCUAGUCCGAUCCUUGCUGUGAAAGCUAUCAAACUCUAUAAUCAAUAUACUCUCAACGAAGGGAGGCCAACCAAAUGCAAAAUCACCGUGCUCCCCGCUGAGGUGGAGGUUCUUCCGGACUACGAUGACCCGGACGACGUGCCACCUGGCGUAAAAUCGACACAGGAAACGGACAGUCGGGAUGAAAUGGAUAAUUUCAAGAGCUGGGUGAAGAGCCAGGCACCGGAUCUGUAUGAUAGGAUGAUGAACAGGACAGCCUCACAACCCGAACAGCUCAAGCGCUUGCGCGCAAACAAUCGACUAUGGAUUCUGCCUCCCAAUUUCUUCUUCAGAGGAGUGCCACCCUGGGGUGAUCAUGGCCUACACUGGACCGAUAAAGAUUAUCUCCAAAUGCCAAAAGAAGAACCUGAUCAAAUCCAGAUGAUAGACUGGGAGGCCACACAGCGACAGAAGCGAUUCGUAAUGACCUUGUCUCCCCAGAGUGAACUAGACCACACGGUUAACAAUUCUGACACCGGUAGAACGGAGCUUCAUUUGAAGAGAAGAGAUUCGCUCAGUGGCAGCGAGUGUGAGGCAUCUUCCACGGGCUCACGACAUCACGGACAUAGCUCAUCUCGGGACAUCACCGUCAUACCAGGACUUCAACAACCUGAGCUCCUGCGACAUGCGCAUCAGCCACCAGGUUCACCCCCGCCAUCAUUGAAACACAUCCUUGCGUACAGAACGCUGAUGUAUGUCCGUUUGGUUAUGGAGAGCCAGAGAUAUUGCAGAGUAGCACUACAAUGCCGCUCCACUAGCUCUUCCUUCGCCGGAGUCGUGCAUCCAGACAUCCUUCCUCUGGCUUAUCAGCUUCUGAACAAAACCUUCGUUGGCGGUCUGAGGUAG